AUCCGCUCAUGAAUAUUCAGUGUCCCUUCCCACUCGGUCCGCUUGGUGUCAUGGCGGUUGCUGUGCUGUGUCGGUUGCCGGGCCUGCUCGUUGUAGGAAGCGGCGCCUUGUGGCGGCCGGUGCCCUGGUCUCCUCAUGCUGUGGGAUGCUGUAAGAAAUCAACCAAAUACCUAGCUCGUCCAGAUGAACCUAAGUUAGCAUAUAAGAAAAUAAAAGGUAGAAGCCCAGGAGUCAUUUUCCUGCCUGGUUUUGCCUCAACUAUGAAGGCACAGAAAGGAUUGGAGCUUGAGGAUUUCUGCAAAUCACUUGGGCAUUCAUAUAUAAGGUUUGACUAUUCAGGAUGUGGUGCGUCCGAAGGAAAGUUCAGUGAGAGUACAAUAGGACAGUGGAGGAAGGAUGUUUUGGCUGUGCUUGAUGAACUCUCAGAAGGACCACAAGUUCUGGUGGGUUCCAGUUUGGGUGGAUGGCUGAUGCUCCUAGCUGCAAUAUCACGCCCAGAUAAAAUAGCUGCACUUGUUGGCGUAGCUACAGGGGCUGAUUAUUUGGUAAAUGCUUUCAAACAGCUUCCUUUGGCGACACAGAAAGAAAUAGAAGCAAAAGGAGAAUGGUACUUGCCAAACCUCCAAAAGAGUUCAGAAUUUCACAAGAUUCCUUACACCUUUCUUAAAGAUGCUGAAAAUCACUGUGUGUUGCAUACUACCAUUCCAAUAACUUGUCCUAUGAGGCUUAUACAUGGUAUGAAGGAUGAUCAUAUUCCUUGGCAGAUCUCACUGAAUGUGGCACAAAAUGUUCUUUCCUCGGAUGUUGAUCUUAUUCUUCGCAAACAUGGUCAGCAUCGAAUGACUGAAAAAGACGAUAUCAAAUUGAUAGUAAACAUAAUUGAUGAUCUAAUUGACAAACUUAGAACAUUGGCAUAACUGUGAAGGGUUAGAAAUUAGUACCACACAUGUAAAUAGUUAACCAUACUCUGAAUGAAUGGAAGCCAUUUUCAUUGCUGCUUCCUGUGAAAUCAAUACUCUAUGCAAAACAUUUUUAAACUGCUCACAACAGAAUCACAACAGAUGUUGUGAGCAAUGUACCUUAGAGCAAAAGUUUGUUCUCAGCAACAGAAAAUGAUGCCCACAUUUUGGUAAAUGUCCAACAUGAGGCGAUGUCUGAUCGCAUGCCAUUUGAGCAGUGAGCAUUGCUUGUGUAAUCUAAUUCCUAAAGAUAUGUAGCUAUACCUGUUACUUUGUAAUGCUACAGCUUGGUGGACUGAUUUUAAUUUCCCAUUGGUCAUUUAAUGGAAAUAUAUGCCUUAUGUGAUUAAUGGGAUAUGUCUCAAAUUGCUGCAUUUGUACAUAGAUAAUGUUAGGUAUGCUAGCAGUCUCAAUCAAAAGAAUCCAAUACUAUUGCUAGACAUAUUUGCUAACUACAAUUCAGAAUUAUUUUUCUCUGUUCCUGUGUACAUAUUGUGCAUUACUUUGAUAAUGUGACUGAUUUCUAUAAUAUCUAUGCUGAGAGUCUCAAAACUUGCAUUGUAUAAUAGUUGUGUUUUCUACUACUAUAUACUGGGAACAUCCCUGGAAAAAAUAAAUUGCUAAUGUUGAUAUUUUAUAAAACUGGUUGUAGAAGUAACAUAAAACACAUGCUAUUUCAUAAAUCAUUGGAACUUUGUCCCUACUUUCAUAUUACCUUCAAGAUUGGUAUGUCAUCAAGAAUGUUGCAUUGAGGACAUAUUGAGAGAAAAUAUUUUGUCUUGAACAUCUAUAAUGGAUUUGCUUAAAAUUUUUCAAUCUUUUUAGGAAAACUACAGAGUUACAUCAAAUAUUGCAGCAUAACAUAUCACCUGCCUUCUGAGACUUAGAUGCAGUUUGAUAUCAAAGUAAAUAAACAACUCGACUAGAUAAUUGAUAAAAGAGGAAACCAUGAAAAUGUCUGCUUUGUAAACUGGAAGGUCAGCUUUGUGUGAAAGGGAUUUUUUUAUUUGUUUUCAAAAUAUCUCAUUAAUUAAUAACUUUACAGGUAUUAACCUAUGCAAUUUCAAGCACAUUGUCAGAAUAGUUCAGUUUGUUUAUAUAAUAGUUUAGAUUUAGCAUGUUUAUUGUUCCAUCUCCCUGGAAAUUGAUUGGUAGUAAAAAGUUGCACAAAUAAUCAAACUGGAGAAGAAAACUGAGAUUACACUGCUAGUUUUUGUUUUGUUUUCUAUUGUUGUCGGUUUGCCUUGUAGGAGAUUGAAUUUUGAUUAGUUCAUAAAUGUAACAUGCCAUCAUGUGGUCAGCACAGACAUGGUGGGCCAAAGGGCCUGUUUUUGCGCUGUACUAUUUUUUUGUGUUCUACGUAUGACCAAUGUGAGAUCCGAGUUGUGAUUUAUUUUAAAAUGUUUUAAAGCAGGAUUACAUUUGGAUUAACUACAGAGGAAAAGUCAACAAUUUUACUUUGUUAUGCAGAGAAGAGAAAUAGAAAAUAAAGCUAAAUUCGUUUCAAAGGA